AUGUAUGAUGGAAACAAUUCCUUUGAUAAUCAAAGUAAGGACAAAUCUAUUUCAAUAUCACCUCGAGGAUCUCAGUCAUCGCCUAUAACUGCUCUUGCUUGGCAUCCUUUACCGCAGUACGAAAACAUCCUUGCCUAUGGGACCGAGUCCGGUUGUGUGGAGAUUGUCGAUAUUAACAAGCUACAAAAAAUGCAGAAUCAAAAGCCGAAACCACAGUUGUACGCGUUUGGUUCGACCGUCUACCGAGUUGCUUGGGGGCCUGUGGUAUUUACGGGUUCACAUCACAAAAAUGAACAGAUAGAAACUAAAAGUCAUUCGGAACCUGAUAAUUCUGCAGUCUUAUCAAAUACAACUGUGGAGGAAAAUGUAAAAUGCAAUACAGAGUCCGGGGUUAAAUUUCCUUUCUAUGUUUACAGUGUAAGUAAAGGAAAAAUCCACUGUCAUUUUGGAGGCGGUCGCCCUCCAGUUGAAGUUAGCAUGAAGUUUCCUUCUCCUCCAAAUACCACUGAGGAAGAUUGGAAAACCCUGAUUCGUAGUGAUAUAGCAUUCCGCCCUGUUAGUAAAACUAAACAGUUAUCAGGCGAUCCAGUUCCUGAUACCUUCGAUUACUUGAUAGGUGUGGGCUAUCGUUCAGGUCAAGUUGAUGUUUAUGGUUUAUCAAAUUCGAAACUGUCGAAUAACCUGUUCUUUGUUUGUCGUAUUGUGAGUCAUUCUAAGUGUGUCAAUUGUUUAGCUUGGUCAUGGGACUAUUACUGGCUCGCUAUUGCGUCAAACGAAUCUUUUAUAACUGUUACUGAUCUCAAGAUACAACUAUUUAAUGCUCUCAACCAAGAACAACAUCUCAAACCUGUUCAGCUGUCUACUUGUUUGGCACGAUUAGAAGGUCAUUUCAACAGAAUCACCUGUUUAGACUGGUCCCCACAUGAUCCUUUCCUCUUACUGUCCUCUUCUUUCGAUGGUACAGCUAAUGUUUGGCGAGUUCAUGUUAAUAAUAUUGAAAACGAUACUCUAUCAAUAUCUAAUUUUCGCGCACACAGAUUACGUCUUUUUACAUGUUUAUGGAGUCGUCAAGAACCUGAUCUUGCCUUUAGCGGUGGAGAGUUAUGUCUUCUAUUCGGUUGGCGACCCUCUGAACAAAUCCAUAGCCAACCACCCCAUAGUCGCCGACAUCGACCACCAACUAUCAAAAGACUUGUAAAUAGUGAUCAGGAAGAACUAUGUAAUGGUGGUAUUUUGGGCGAAUCUCUUCAGUUGGAAGCAAAUUCUUUUAUUAAUUCCGAAGCUCUGAAAGAAAAAUCAAACAAAGAAAUAAUGUUAAAUAAUGAUGAUAGAGUUAUCAGGGCUUCUCACAAGGAAAAAUCCGUUCUAUCUCAGAAUUCCUCUAGGAAAAUCAAUUCUACUGGGACGGCAGAAAAAAGAAAACGACCUGCUCUUUUUCCUAACCUAUUUCAGUUCAGUAUCAAUAAACAAUGUGAGCUUAACUUCUAUCAUUCUCCGCCUUUUAAUAUGGGAACGUUUCUUUCACACAUUUUAAGUGUCUCUGACUUCAUAACUGAAAAAGUGGAUGACGAGAGACUGCCAACUGAUUUGUUGAUUCUCUUACCAGAAGUUAGCGUAACCAGAACAUGUCUUUUAAAGUAUUUAAAAAUGGAAGCAUCUCAUCAUUUAAAGUUAUUUCAUCUCGGUCAACGACCAAACAGUUUAGUUCAUUUAGAUGCCUAUUGCAUCAUACUUUUAUGGAUAGGUUGUAUAUCUAGUAUCCCACCUGUUAUGUCAACAGAAUGUCACAUGCCUUUUUGGCUAUUAUAUGCAAUUCAACUAGCUCAAUCAACUCUUGCAUAUCCUGGAAGCUACAAUAAGUUAACCGUAUCAAAAGAAAAUCCUGUCGUGGACAUUGACUUGCUUGGUGAAAAGAUUAGGGAUAUGCAAACUGCUAGUCCUGAUAUUCUUGUGUCUGUUACACUUCUGGUAUGCGCACACCGUGUCCAAGAAGCGGUUGAAUUAUUGUUAAGUUAUGACAGAGUUAAAGAAGCUUUAGUUCUUGCUCGUUUACGUUUGAAUCCGUCCGAAUCUUGGAAAUAUGCAGAGAAAUGUAUUACACGACUUAUUGAGCGUUCUUGUUCAAAUGAAAAGUCGUUCUUUUUUAUUAUAUACAAUAUUGGAAAGAAGGAAUGGCUGAAUGCCACUAAUAUGGUUCACCGUGAAGUUGAAGUUUCCAACUUGCGACCUGGUAAAGAAAUUGAACAACUUUCGUGGUGUUGGAUUGGUAUUAGUCUUUUACUUAAUACAUCAUCCUUGGAUUAUUUGUCAAGCGAAUGUCUUCGUUUAGCUUCAAUGUGUUUAACGGUUGGCUUUAAGCUAUUUCCUACGGAAGCAAUAUUCCUUGAACGUUGGCUUGAUGCUUUUUCACGUCUUCUGUCGUCUGAGACAACAUCUUGCUCCGGUUUGAUUGGCAGUUUAUUAUUGUUAGAUAUUGGCCAGAUGACUUCUUUUCUUAUGGCUAAUUAUCAUCAAGAGGAAUCUGACAUAUCAACAAUACCAUACGAAAAUCAUAGUGAUAACUGGAUGAAAUACAUAAAUCCCGAUUGUAUAACAUGUUUGGACCGGUUAGUUUCAGAUCGUCAACCGUCUUCAUUAUGGGAAGUUUGUUUAACAAAUUUCUGUGUAGACUUUCUUUUGUUCUACUUAGUGCAUAAUCAUGUUCCUCCAACUAAAUUACCAUCGGAUAAUUCACUGACAAUUUAUAUUGAUCGAUAUGAGUCUAGUCGGAAAUCAUGCGAGUAUAUCAAACCAAAAGAAACAACUUAUUUAAUCAGUCAUUUAUUUUCAACUUAUCAACAGGUUUUGGUGAAAAAUUACUCCACUUCGGAUAACAAGUUAUGUUUUUCUCCUUCAGAUAGUGUGUAA